AGAUUUCCUAUGGAUGUAACUGACCGAUGACCACGGAGCAAUCUACUAUCAGAUGUGCAAACUGUAAAAGAGUACCUCGCAAUGGGACAAAGCUGAUGGUAUGUCGCGAAUGUCAACGAAAUGGUCGUCAUAAGCUACCACAAUAUUUUCCUUGUCAUUUCUGCUCCAUUGACUGCUAUCUGAACAACAAAGCCUCCCACAUACUGUUGCACUCACGGCUGGAAAACUUUGAAGAACUUCUUAAAUCCUAAAACUCCAUGAUAUCAUGAUAUACGCGUACA